AUGGCGCCUUACGACUUACACUACCAACCCAAAGAUCUUAUUCCGAAUGCUGUAUACAUGGCAUCUGAUCCCGAACUAUCUAUAGAAGAGAAGGAAACGAUUAAAGGUGUAGUUAAUAUCUUCAGUCCUGCCGAUAAUCGUGAGCUGUGUCGAGCCUGUGGCUGGAAUCAUAAACACGAACUGUGCAGUUCGUACCUACCCCGACUCCGCGUUAGCCAUACACGCGAAAAUUCUGGCUUAUGGACUAUGGGAAACGACUGGGUAGUCUGGGAUCGCACCGAUGAGGAGUGUGGAAACGACUAUAUGACGCAUCAAUUCCUUCAGAAACAACGAACGAAGUACAUACCACUUGUAAAGAAAAUGGUCGAAUUCAAGGACGAAGACAGACGGUAUAACUUUGUAGUUAUGUCUCGAGCUAAGGGAAUUCCACUAGAAAACGUAUGGACAGGACUAUCCUGCGAAGAAAAGGAGAGCUAUGCUCAACAGAUGAUUGCUGCACUUCGAGAACUGCGCCAGUUUACAGCAGAGUUCCCGCAGCGGGUAGAUGGAAGCCCUCUGUGGGAUAAUGUCAUUGGAAACUGCGACUCAAGGAAGAUGUGUAAGAAAGUUGGAAAGACGGCGGAGGAUUGGAUUAACAAUAUGGACGAAGAGCUUCGAGAAGGCAUAUCAAGGCAGUUAAAGACUAGAGACAAAACUGCUAUUGACACCAGGCUACAAGAGAUUAAGAAAAAUUUCCCAGAUGGAGCUCCGUAUGUCCUUACACAUGCCGACCUCAACAUGGGCAAUAUCCUCGUGCACGCCGGAAAAAUUGAGGCUAUUAUUGACUGGGAACUUGCUGGAUACUACCCGUGGUGGGUUGAGAUAUACACAUCAUAUAAUCGUGCCCUCAGUGACGCCGCGGACGAACUGUUCGAUGUAGUGUGGAGGGAACUCGACCUAGACCUCGACAGCGUUAUGGACAACCUGCGACCCGUUAUGCGCGCUUGGGGCCGCUGCCCGGUGGCCCAUACCGGCCGUACGCAUAUCUGGCAGCGCCCACCUUUUUGCCAAUGUCAACCCUUCGGUGGCGUGAUUCGGAAGCACCUCAUAGAUUCAGAGGAGAAACACUUUGUCAAUUACGACCGGCCCGAAUGGCCCUAUAGCAGGGCAGAAUGGCGCGAGGCUUAUACCGGCACCCACGAAGAGCCUAAGCAGGGUUAG